AGAGCAGUCCUGAGGACAGACGGAGGGAGUGAACAGGAGGAUGGAGAAGGUGUAGAGUCUAAUGUGAGGCUGCAGAUUCACAGUGAAGAGAAGAGGAGAAAUGCAACAGGAGGGAGUGCUAACAGGCAGAGACGCAGUGCUAGGGGAAGUGAAGAGCCCAGGUCAGCUCCAGUUAUAUGCAAGUAAGAUCGUGAAAGUGAUCAGGCCAACAUGCUGCCCUGGAAGAUAGUCAUUGUUGGUAUUUUCUACAGCUGCAUCGAAACAGGUGUCUCACGAAGUCGGACUAAAGCACUAUUCCCAGCUUCACGCAGAAUAAAGCGAGGGUUGGAAAGUCUGGUGAACCCCAACUUCCACAAUUCCUUUGAUGAUGUUCAUUUAUUAUUUGAGAUCCUGCUGGCAGGCACACAUUUUGAGGCCAGUGGAGCGUUUUCGGUGCAAGAUGCUGAGCUUGCUUCCCUCCGCAAGACAAGAAAUAUGGAAGUCAUAUGUGAGGAGAUCAUUCCCAGGAAGCUAACAGAUGUAUUUAGGCUCAUCUCUGGCCUUUCAAAUCACAUUGGUCGCCUACAUCAGGACGAUUUUGAACGCACCUUGUUGACCUUGGUAUACACCGCCCAGGGGAUGGCUAAUUCCAGUACUGAACACCAACAAGGCUUAUGGGCCGAUUCUUUUGUUAGUUUGUACAAAGCAAUCAAGCAGGAUCUGACAGUGACAAACUGAACGGAUAAUGAUUUUGCUUCACAAUGGUUCAAUUCAUGUUAAAUAAAUAUCCAUGGAGAUCAGUGGAU